CAAACUAUUAUAGGUUAAGUAAACAAUCUUACACGUAAAUAGUUUAUAACAAUUACAAUUUAUUGUAUUAAAUAAAUAUAUCAAUUGAAUUCUACAUCUAGCAACAUGGAUAUCAGUUCAUUCUCUAACGAUGAUUUUAACACUAAAGACUGGAUAAACGGCAUUCUCCAACAAAUGGAAAAAGAUAAAGAGGCUAAUUAUACGAUGUCGUUAGUUAUGAAACUUCAAUUGUACGUUCAACAAUUGAAUAAUGCAUUAGAAGAUACCAGUCAACAAGUACUGGCAUCAUUGCCGAAAAUAAUGCGCGACGCGAACAACCUUAAGCAAGAAGCUUUAAUUCUUAAACAGAAAAUGGCUGCUGUUAAGGCCGAGAUUGAAAAAAUCGAGCAUGAUACAGGCCAGUCGAUUAACACGAUAGAACAGUUGGAUUCCAUGCAAAAUAAAUUAAUAUCAGCCAAACAAGGGCUUCACGAGAGCGACAAUUGGACUGUAUUAGUAAAUGAUCUUGAGGAUGUUUUCGAUUCGAAAAAUAUCGAAGCAAUUUCAAACAAAAUAUUGGGAAUGCAAACCUCACUUAAGCUGUUAGUUAACGUAGCCGAUUACGAAAACAGAAAGAUGCAAUUGGAAGGUUUGAAGAAUAGAUUAGAAGCAAUAGCAAGUCCCUCGAUAGUGCAAGCUUUUAAUUCACUCAAUACAGAGCAAACCCAGAUAUAUGUAAACAUAUUUAUGUCGAUGGAGAGAUUACCGCAACUUAUUAAAUACUACGAAAAAUGCCAGAAGGACGCGUUGCUCAAAAAAUGGAGAAACCAACUGGAAAUUGAACAAGACGAGACUACUAUUCAGUGGAUUCAUAAUUACUACAAUUAUUUAUUGUCGAAUUGGCAUACUCAAUACCGAUGGUUUAAUCAGGUAUUUAGCGGGGUAUCAGCAUUACAGACCCUAAUAGAUAUUUACGUUGAUGUUUUAACAUCAUUGGAUCCUACGUUAAACGAAUGCAUAGAUGCCACAUUGAAGCAAGUACCGGACAAAUUAAGCUUUGUAGGAGAGAUUAAGCAGAGUACUGUUCAAUUUAGAAACAGUUUAAUUAAAAUUAUAGACCAAACAUAUCAAGCUAAACCGAAUGCAGAAGAGAUUUUUAAACUCGAAAAAGCGAUAUUCAGCCAUAUGGUUAUUUAUAUGCAUAAAUAUGAAACUUACGAAAAAGCGUAUUUGAUGAAACAACUGUCUUCUUUAAAUUGCAUCAAAGAAGAACUAUCCGAUACUGUUCAGGCCCUGGGCUUCAAUAUUUCGUCGGUUAUCGAUGUCUGUCGAGAAGCGAAAAAAAGGUGCUACGAAAUAACGGAAAAUUGCGGUUUUUGCGGUCUAUUAAUCGCCUUGAGAGCCUUUUUGACCGGCUACGCCGACUUUUACCGAGUGGCAUUACGGCAACUCGAUCGCAACAGAAGGUCCGAAGAAGAUUGGAACACCUUCCAACUUUGUUUCUCCCUACUGCAAAACGCCGGAGACAUAAUCCUCAACCUGCAGCAAUUCGAAAAGGAGCUCACCAAUCAAGUGCUCGAUUUGAAUCAAAAAGAAGUCGUCCAGUACAAGAAACUGCUCCUCGACGCGUCCGAUCUCAAGGAAUUCGAUUGCCUGGUGAACUGCGUAACGGAAGGUACGAAAUUGUCUCUACUGGAUUCCGUCACGACGGAAUUUUCCAAACUGUGCAUCGACAUCCAUCACACGACCUAUCAAGUCGUCCUCGCUCCCAUCGCAGUGCAAUUGGACGUCGUGCAAAAUUCCCAGACGUGGAAUCAAUUCGAUGGUUCUACGAUGCACGAUUUGCCCGAUUACAGUUUCGCUCCGCAGGAGUAUAUUACACAGAUCGGGCAGUAUUUGAUGAUACUUCCUCAGCAUUUAGAGCCGUUUUUGUUUAAAGAAAAUCCCGCUUUGGCUUGUGCUCUGAAGUCGGUCGAUCAGGAAUACAACGAUGUAGCAGGCAUGGAGGGUACAUUAGCGCAAAUUUUCCUAGGGAUUAUUACGAGGGGAACGUGCCAGUGUUUCUGCGAUAAAAUUCUUUCGAUAUUCGAAUUGAAUGCGGCUGCAAGUAGACAAUUAGCGCACGAUAUAAGUUAUCUUCAAAAUAUUUUAGAAGAACUGGGAUUAUCUUUGUCGGAAAACCUACAGCAAUUAAACCUAUUGUUAAAGUUACCGGCUGAUCAGUACCAACCACAAAGCAGCGGUUGUUCUGCUAGAUUGGUAGCUGCUGUUCGACAAAUGAGAAAUAUUAAAUCAUCGAAUUAAGUAUGGAAAUAUGUUAUUGUAAGUAAAUAUAUG